AUGAGGCUCAAGGUCGAAGAUCGAGAGAUCUUUUCUCCCGACGAACGGCAGUCGAAUGUCGAGGUUUGGCUCGGCCGUGCGCCACAUACUUACCUUGGUCAUGACGAAGAAAACAUCACCGCCUUUAAAGAGAUUCUAGCGAAUAUCAGAGACGCAGACGUCGAUGUUUUCAUAUUCCUACGGCAAGAAUAUUCUUGGGGUCGUCUCCUGAUCACGGAAGACACCUUCGGCAAAAUCCUCGAUAGUUGCAAUGCUUUUCCAGAAUUCAACGAUCAUGUUUCCUCUUUUGCUUUCAAGACCUCGGACUGCGAUGAGCAUUUUGCUACCUGCGACAGAAGAGUCCACGUUUCGGCGCAGGCCGGUCAAGAAGAUCACAAUUGUUAUGAAUUAUGCUAUCUACUUCGAUACCCAGCAAGGCAUGGGAGAAAGAGCGGCUAUCCGUUCUCGCUCCGCCAGACGGCCGUCUAUCAACGCUUUGACGAUGUCAGAAAAACGUCCAAAUGGAUCUUCGUGCAGGCACCUGACGAUUUUUCCGAUGAACUUCGGACCUCACUCUCUUCGGGAAACCAGGAAAGAUCUCCUAAGGAUAUUCACCGAUGUGCUUUUGCCUUAGCCGAACAAGAAUGGCGUGACUAUAUCUGCUAUCUCGAUGCCGAAUUGAGGGUCUUGGAGGAAAAGGCACUGUUUGUCGAUGUCGACGUGUACAGCGAAUGCGAUUACUUGGUUGCCUUCGCCGAUAGUCAAAAGCUCCAGCGGCUUCGUCGAAGGCUUGUCAAAUGCAAAGAGGUACUAGACUGCUGCCUCGAAAUAGCCCUCAGAUGUCAGACGCACUGGCAGGAUCUGUGCUCUCGGGGCAUGCUGGAGUCCGGGGAAGAUAACGCCGAGCUUGGAUCGUACAUCUCUCGAAUCAAAACCCACAAGCGAGGCAUCGAGGCCAUACAAGAGCAUACGGAAGGAAUUGCUACUCUGCUAUCUCAGAUCCUAAAUUAUAGGAAUGAGAAUAUGAUAGUCAAAAGCAACGAAGCCCUGAACAAAAACAGCGACGCCAUGCGCGAGAUAGCCAUUGCCGCCAAAGCGGACAACGAGCUCAUUUCCGUUCUGAUCGGCAAGUCGCAAAACGAUUCGCACACGGUCAAGGUACUUACCUAUAUUGCACUUAUCUACCUACCAGCCAGCUUGGUCGCUGAGAUAUUCAAUUCUAAUCUCAUACAAACAACGAACGGCGAACCAGAAGCUGUCGGCACUCACCUGGUCCUGUCACGAUCGUUCUGGCUCUAUCCGUCCAUCACGCUCGGCCUGAUGGUGUUGACUUUCGUGCCCAUCUUUGGGUUGCUGUUCAAUGAUAGGAGGCUACGUCGGUUGCCUUUGAAAUUACUUGGCAACAACAAGGAAAGGGACUAG